AUGGAGGGGACGCAGAGGCUGAGGAGGGGCGACACCUAUGGGAGCUGGACAGUCCUCGGCGUCGGCCUGGAUCGAGAGGGCGCCCUCGCCAAGCUUAGGGGACUGGAGAUGCGGCACAAGCGUUGCGAGAGCCCCACGACGACGCUCUCAAUUGGCAUGGAGAGCUUGGGCGACAGUGGAUCUCCGGGCGAAGCCGCCGCUCCUCCCCCUAGCCUCAAGAAGACCCUCUCCUGGAGCAACUUUGACAAGCUCUCGAGCUCGCCCGUGAGCAUCAAGAGGAAGAGGGACGCGGCUGGAAGCUGGGAAUUUGGCGAGCAGGAGAUCGUCCUGGCGCUUGGGAGCUCGCCCCCGGCUAGACCCAGCGUCGCUCUGGGUCUUGGGCAGGCCGACAGUGGGAGUGGCAGCGGCAGUGCGUGCUCGCCAUCGAUCACUACCGAGUCGGACAUCGGCUUGAAAAAGUUCUCGGUUUCGCUCCCUCAAGACUCGCUGUCGCUGAGACUCUCGAGAAACUCGGACGAGGACAAGGAUGCAUCUCUCCCGGAGCAGGAAGAAUAUCACUCUCACUCGGAGAACGAUCCAGACCUGGACAUCGACGUGAGGACCGGUGCCGGAUCUGACAAAGCUCCCAAAGCUUGCAAGUUCGCGGGGUGCGGGAAGGGCGCUCGAGGAGCCUCGGGGCUGUGCAUUGCUCACGGUGGUGGCCGCCGCUGCCAGAAAGAUGGCUGUAGCAAGGGAGCUGAGGGGAGGACCGCGUACUGCAAAGCUCACGGAGGUGGACGGCGGUGCCAGACUUUGGGCUGCACGAAGUCCGCCGAGGGAAAGACGGACUUGUGUAUCGGGCACGGAGGUGGCCGGCGCUGUGCCUACGAGGGAUGCACCAAGGCUGCCAGGGGACGCUCCGGCCUGUGCAUCAAGCACGGCGGCGGGAAGAGAUGCCAGCACGAAGGAUGCACCAAGAGCGCCGAGGGGCUGUCCGGCCUUUGCAUCUCUCACGGUGGAGGGAGGCGCUGCCAGGUUCCCGGCUGCACGAAAGGCGCUCAAGGCAGCACCAUGUUUUGCAAGGCUCACGGCGGCGGCAAGAGGUGUAUGAUCGAGGGCUGCGGCAAAGGUGCCGAGGGGAGCACUCCGCUUUGCAAGGGACACGGUGGUGGAAAGCGGUGUAUGUUCGAAGGUGGCGGGAUUUGUCCGAAGAGCGUUCAUGGAGGGACGCAGUUUUGCGUCGCACACGGCGGCGGGAAGAGGUGCGCGGUCCAGGACUGCUCCAAGAGUGCGAGAGGGAGGACUGCCUUUUGCGUCAAGCAUGGCGGAGGGAAGAGGUGCAAGACGGAAGGAUGCGGCAAGAGUGCUCAGGGGAGCACGGACUUUUGCAAGGCUCACGGGGGUGGCAAGCGGUGUACUUGGGGACAGGAAGGCUCGCUCUACGGACCCCGGGAGGGGAGCUCGGAGCUGUCCAAGGGGCCGUGUGACAGAUUUGCGAGGGGAAAGCUGGGACUUUGCGCGGCUCACAGCUCGAUCGUGCAGGAGGAGAAGGCUAGCGGGCUUGCUCCGGGGCUGUUCAAGGACUUGGUGUCGCAGUCGAGUUCCGGCAGCAUCGUCUACCAGUCUACUGCUCCAGCGUCCUCCUCGGUUGUUCUUGAGCAGCAGAAUCACUACAGGUUUCUACAGGAGGGCGGAAGCGGCGACAUCAACAAGUGCUGGAGCACGACGAUCCAAGAGCAGCAGCAAGGCUUUCAGCAGCAGCAAGGAUUCCAUCAUCCGGUGGUGGUUCCAGUGGCGACCAAGAGCUUGUUCGUGCCUGAGGGAGUUCCGGAGGGGAGAGUUCAUGGAGGGGGUCUCUUGGCGUUGCUGGCUCAGCAAAGAAGCUCUGGCUGAGAGAGAGCUCCCAGGAAAUUGGAUUGCCCUCUCUUGCGAUCGAACGGGCGAGCGCGACGUGAGAGGUUUGUAAUUAUAUUCAUCUUUGCAUUGGCAGCAUUGUCCCUGUACAUAGAUCCCACGUCCCCUUGCAGCGAACCAUACGAAAUGGAGCUGUGUUUUUAAAACCAUAUAGAGAUAUUCCUGAUGUAAAUCUUAAUAAUGUACAUAACUGUUUAAUUACUAAA